GGCCCAGCCCAGGGCUGGCUAUCAAGCCGGCCCAGCCCGGCCCUCAGCACGCCCCGCUGCUGGGACCCUCCCGGAGCCUCGUCAGGGGACACAGCCGCUCUGCCCGUCCUCCCAAGUGGCAGCAUGAGGGCCCUGUGGCUGUGCUGGGCGCUGGGGGCGCUGGGCCUGGCCCGGCCCGGGGCGGCCGUGACCGAGGAGCGGGUCCUGGGCAGCCUGCUGCAGCAGCUGCAGCUGAGCGAGCCGCCCGCGCUGGGCCAGCGGGACGCGGGGCGGCCGGUGCCCCCUGCCCACGUGCGGGCCCAGUACGUGGCCCUGCUGCAGCGCGGCCACGGCGUGCCCUCCCGGGGGAAGCGGUUCAGCCAGAACUUCCGAGAGGUGGCCGGCCGGUUCCUGGUGUCCGAGGCCUCCACGCACCUGCUGGUGUUCGGCAUGGAGCGGCGGCUGCCCCCCAACAGCGAGCUGGUGCAGGCCCAGCUGCGCCUCCUGCAGGAGCCGGUGCCCCCGGCCGCCCUCCGCCAGCACCAGCGCCUGGCCCCGCGCAGCGACCUGGCCCGCGUCUCCAUCGAGUGGCUGCAGGUGCGGGCCGACGGCUCCAACCGCACCGCCCUGGUGGACUCCAGGCUGGUGUCCGUCCAUGAGAGCGGCUGGAAGGCCUUCGACGUGACGGAGGCCGUGAGCUUCUGGCAGCAGCUGAGCCGGCCCCGGGAGCCGCUGCUGCUGCGGGUGUCGGUGCAGCGGGAGCACCUGGGCCCGCUGGCCUCCAGCGCCCACAGGCUGGUGCGCUUUGCCGCCCGGGGGCCGGCGGAGGGCGCGCAGGGCGAGCCCCAGCUGGAGCUGCACACGCUGGACCUCGGCCACUUCGGAGCUCAGGGCAACUGUGACCCCGAGGCGCCCGUGACCGAGGGCACCCGCUGCUGCCGCCGGGAGACGUACAUCGACCUGCAGGGGCUGACGUGGGCGCAGAACUGGGUGCUGGAGCCCCCGGGCUUCCUGGCCUACGAGUGCGUGGGCACCUGCCCGCAGCCCCCGGCCGCCCUGGCCGCCCGGUGGCCCUUCCUGGGCCCGCGGCAGUGCGUGGCCUCGGAGACCGCCCCGCUGCCCAUGAUCGUGAGCGUCCAGGAGAGCGGCCGGGCCAGCGCCCGGGUGGUCAGCCUGCCCGACAUGCGGGUGCAGACGUGCAGCUGCGCCUCGGACGGGGCGGCCGUGCCCCGGAGGCUGGAGCCGUAGGCGCUGGGCAACGGGCCACCAUGCGGCUUGAUUGGCGUGCCUCCGAAGGGCACCAGGUGCCAGGAGAAAUGGGGGGGGGGGGCUGUGGGUGGGCACAUGCUCUGUGCUCUCUGCUGAACUCUGAAUCCGCUUCCUCCGACCGGUCAGCUCACCUGCUCAUAACCGCCCCCAGGAAAAAGACUCUGGGGUCACCGGGCAGCCGUCCAGGCUCCUGGCUCCUUCGUGUUACCCGCUGCACUCGCUGCUAAGCACUUACCCGGUUGGUUCUGUCCUCUAAGAGCAGAAACGCCCGUCUGUCAUGGUUCCCCUCUCCCAGGAGCUGGGAUGAGUCUGGUAAGGGCCAGAGACUCAGAGGCCACUCUGGGCUUCACACCGAGGCUCCGGUGUGGGUUGUAUGUUCUGAUCUCAGACACAGAGGGCAUUUUUGCAAGAAAGAAAGAAAAUAUUUUACCAAGAAGCCUGCCCGCGGUGGAGGACACGGAACGUUCUCUAGAGGAACAAGGUUAACGCGAUUAGAAGGCCAUGGCCAAGGUCUCCGUUUGGAAGGACAGGGGAGAAGGAGGAAGCCGGAUGGGACAGAAAAGAACUGUCAAAUGCAGGAGGAGACCCCCCCUGCCCCCCCCCCCCCCAGCUGGAGCCAUAGGCUGGUGCUAGGGUCCUGGGCAGGGAGGUAAGGGGUUUGGCACCCCCCCCCAGAAAAGGAUGAGAGACUAGCCCUGACCGGUUUGGCUCAGUGGAUAGAGCGUCAGC